GAGUAAUCAUUGAAUUGAUUGACUCAACCAUUGAUUGAAUCAAACAUUUAAUUUGAAAAUCAUUUUUACUAUUUUAUAGUCAUUUAUCAAUCAUUACUUGUUUUUAUAUAUCAAUUGAAAACCAAUUGCUUUUUAAACAAAUAAUUAAUGCAUUAAAUUGAUUAUCAAAUAAAAUGCUAAAACGAGAAACUCUUUGCGAGUAUUUCGAUGAAGACGUUGUGGUCAAGAGGUCAUCAAAUGGUGGACUUGUUUUUGCAUUAGUCAUCGAAAGCUCAGAGAACGCAAGCGAUGAUGAAGAUAGUGAUGUUGACAGUGAUAGCCAUUAUGGCAGCUCAUCCAUGGAUAACAAAUGGCAACAAUUAAAGCCCGGUUUCGCAAAAGUGGCCGUUUAUCCCAACGGAAACACUUUAGUCAUCAAUGAAACAAAGACCAAAUUGUAUGAUCGAUCACUUCUUAAUGGAGACGUUGUUCAGCGAUUGGAUCCAAACACACAUAAGAUUGUCCCCAACGGUGAACACGGCUUUUGUCAGUCAUCAAAGAUCUGGACAACAGUGAAGAUCUUAGGCACCAAUAAAGUCAUUGAAAACGUUGAUUCAAAUGAGUUGCAAAUGCUUUCUGGCAUAACAACAGACAGUUUAUGUUUAUUGGAUUCUUGGAUUGGAUAUGUAAAGGAAAUAUAUCGGAAAAUUACUUUGAAAUGUUGCGACGGUUCUCUUCUUGUCGUCGAUGACUUAGAUAUCAGUGAAUUUACAGAUCUAUUGACUCAACGCGAUAACGACGACUCAGAGUUUAAUAGAGAGGAGUAUUAUAUCGGACAACAAUUGUUAGGACCAAAGAGUCACCUCAAGAAUGCCAAAUGGAUUUCACAGACUCUACAUAUGAAACGAUUUAUGAGAAGUAAGUCUAACAGAAAUUCAAAGAUCACUUUUGUCGUCGAAGACAUUGUUAUUGAUAGCGUUUCCAUAAAUUGGUUUUGUUGUCUCUCAGAUGAGAGUUUUUCAGUAAAUAAUAAAUUACAAAAUUGUGAUAUAAUUAAUAGUCCAAAAAAUACUUUAAGGAAUAAUAAUAAUAAUAAUAAUAAUAAUAAGUUAUUAAACAGUCCUUUAAAUGUCACAUCUCAUCCAAACGGUGAUAAUAUUAGAGGAGAUGCCAUCUCAAGAAUUAAGUGCUUAAACUACUUUCGCAAAAGUUCUCUUCAAAUCGGACAUCAAUGUUAUUAUACAGUUAAAGAAAACGAUUCUCUAAUACCUUUCAAUGAAUGGGAAGAAAAUGAAUCAAAAAGACUGUUCACUGAAGAAGCAAAUAGAGAAAAGCAAUUAUCAGUUGAAUCCGAUAGUUGUAUUCAAUCCGAUGAAGAAAGUAAUUGCGAAACAAACAAAGAUAUUGAUAAAAAUAAGUUGAACGACAGUCUAUCGAUGGCUUCAUUAGAUUCUAUUGAUUCAAGACAUAGGAAAUAUAAGAAACCUAAGACUCAUAUUUCAGUUUCAUUAAAAAGUGUUAAAAAGAAGAAAAUAGUUUCUUCUAAUCGAAAGACAACGUAUUUAUUACCAAUUGAUGCAAAAGCCGGUUCCCGAUUACCCGUUGAAAUUGUGGCCACAAAUACAAGAGUUUCUGUUGUUUGGCAAAACUCUGAAAUAGAACAUAACGUUCCAUCAGUUACUUUAUAUCCCGUCCAUCACAUCGAUAAUCACGACUUCUUUCCCGGAGAUUUUGUUGUCGAAAAUAAAGAUAUACUUCAGUCCUUUGAAUACGGAGUUAUUCAGAAGUGUGAUUACACUUCAAGAACAGCUAUUGUUAAAUGGUUUUCAUUAACUCCCGAUUCUUUAAUUCCUCAAUUAGUAACACAACAGGAACUGAGUGUUUAUGAUAUUAAAGAUCAUCCGGACUUUAAUUUCCGUUCCGGUGUUUGUGUGGUCAGAAUAUUACAUUUACAUGAAGAAGAUUGUGAUUCAAUUUCACGAACCGGUCAGGUCUUAGACCUAACUUUAGACGGAAUGUUAAGAUGUGUUUGGCUUAACGGGAAAAUAUCUUUAGUAUCUCCACAACAGUUGUUUGUAAUCGGAGAUUAUGAUUCGGACGAUUUAUGGGCCGAAAGCGAUUCAGAUUUGAAUUACUCUGAUUAUAGUCAUUAUGAAAGCGCUGAAAGUUGGGAAACUGAUGAAGAAAAGACUGCUUCUGUUAAAAGUCCACCAAAAAAAUCUUCAAAUAUUAACAGUCUUGUCAGUAGAUUACAAAAGGGUGUAAAACAAGUUGAAGAGUGGUUACAAAGCGGAACCGGAUAUCGAAAUGGUGUCCAAAAUUUGCUCAAAGUUAUGAAAAGAGCUGAAUCUAGUUUAGAGAAGAUUCGCCAAAAUAUAACCGAAAAAACCAAUAAUACUACUAAUGAUUCGUCAGAAAAACAAUUGUCUAAUUAUGGAACUCGUAUUUUACAAUUGUCCCGACGGUUACUCGAUUUGUUGCCGUUCUCGGGAACUGUUGAACCAAACGGAAUAAACAAUAAUAUCGAUAACACAAUUAAAGAAAUAAAUGAUACGAAUGAUGAACAGUGCUCUUCUUCCGGUUCCGAUCCAAAUAUUGAUGAAUUUCUUAAAUUAAUUGAUAAUCUAAAAACACAAAUAUUGGAAAAUGAUAUUAAAUCCGAAACAAUUAAUGAUGAAAAUUUAGAAGAAAAAUCUUUAAAUUGUUGCAAUUGUGAUGAAUUGAUUUACACUCAAAGUCCCGAUAAAGUUAAUUCAAAUGAAAUUAAGGAAAAUGUUAUAUUCUUAGAGAAAGUUCCUGAAAAUCAUAAGUUUAUUUAUUCGCCGAAUUCUAUGAACAAUCCGAAAGAUUUUUUAAAAAGAAUUAAAUAUGAAAUUUCUCUUUUAAAGAGUUCAUUACCAGAAGGCAUAUCUGUGGCAACAUUUCACGAUAGAAUGGAUUUGUUGUCUGUUAUGAUAUAUGGACCAAAUGAGACACCAUAUGAAGAUGGACUCUUUCUAUUUGACAUUCAAUUACCUGCCAAUUAUCCUAAUGUUCCGCCAUUAGUCCAUUAUAUAUCCUAUUGUUCCGAUAGACUAAAUCCGAAUCUUUACGAGAAUGGAAAAGUAUGCGUAAGUCUAUUGGGAACGUGGAGUGGCAAAGGAACCGAAGUUUGGUCACCCAUUACUUCAAAUUUAUUACAAGUGAUUGUCUCAAUACAAGGACUCAUAUUAGUAGCCGAACCUUAUUAUAAUGAGGCCGGUUAUCAAAAACAAAAGGGAACUACAAUGGCUAAUGAAAAUAGUAGACUAUAUAAUGAAAUGGUUGUCAUCAAAAUGAUACAAUCGAUGACAAAAAUGCUUUCAUUACCUCACGAAGCAUUUGAAAGGCAGAUGAGAGAUCACAUUCAAAAAAUUUCAGAUAAAUUUAUUGAAAGGGUUAAAAACUGGGAGAAAGUUUCACAAAUGUGUAUUUCAGAGUCGAUCACCACAUUGGAUGAGUUAGUCUUAAGUGAGUCCAUGAAAAACCUAAUACAAGUGUUGCCGCCAUUUCCACUGUUACCGGCAUCUCAUGGGUUUUGUUUAUCGUUGAACAAAGCAAUUGUUAACUUUGAGGAAACACUCGGUUUAUUUUUAAAGUUUUAAAAUCACAUUUUUAAAAUAUUUUAUUUUAAUAAUUCUGAAUUUAAUAUAAUAUGAAAUAUAAUAAA